ACUUAAGCAUCGGUGCCUUGCCUACCUUGGGUAGUAGGUGGCCUUUCGGCCCUGAGACUCGGAACUGCCAUCGCAUCAUCUUAGUGCUCUAAGCUGCAGACAUCUGGCAACUGCACUGAAGGUGGCUCACAUACUCGGGCGGAGGUUCUGGACCAUUGGCUGUGCCUGUAGUAUCAGGUGCAUCACUGGUCCACCUGCUAGAUACCUACCCAUCUCCUGCUGGAUCUAGACAGCAAGACGUGCCUAGGCCGCUUCAGCGCUUGCCCAGUCCAGCAAAGCUGCCAGUGCUAUGAGUACCCAAGGCUCUUAAGCAUACUAUGCCUGAACGGUGGCAGCCGCGUAGCAAGAGAACGUACAGGUACCGGAACCUCAAGGCAGGCUUCCACCGCUCGUCCCCUAUCCACCGCCGGGCUCCCGGACAUCGAAGUGCUGGGGCUAGCCGUACCAUCGCCGGCAUACCCACCUGCCAUGGCUAGUACUCACCCAGCAGCAAGGGAGUUGGGGAAGGGGCACUCAACCAUCACCUCUGCACCAGCACUCACUGCCAAUGCUCCGUCAGAUGAGCAGGCAAAUGUGAAGAUGGUAGAUGAGACUCAUGGUGGUCCAAAUCAGGGACCUGUUCCAGUCAACAACGCUCCUGUGACCCAGUCAAGCCCGUCACCCCCUAAACAGGAGAAGAAGAACCCAUUGCUGCUGAAGCCCGAGUACAAGACAGCAAUCCGGGAUUUCAUACGUAUCUUUAGCUUCUCGACAUGGCUGGACAGACUUGUCCUCCUCGCAGCCGUCAUCACCUCGCUAGGGGCAGGAGUCACGAUGCCCAUCAUGAACAUUGUGUUUGGCCGGAUGGUGGGCUCGUUCACUGGAUAUUUCAGCCCGCAGCCCUUCACGACGUAUGAAAUGUUUGAAGAAGCCAUCAGGACUUGCGCCUUAUAUCUCGUUGGCUUGUUCUUCAUCAGACUUGCCCUCGACUACGUCGCUUAUAUGGGCUUCCGCAUGAGCAGCAUGCGCAUCUCAGCCGCAAUCCGACUGGAAUACAUAAAAGCCCUCUUCGCGCAGCCCAUUUCAACCCUCGACAUUCUCCCCCCAGGCCAAACAGCCGCCAUCAUCACCGUGACAGCCAGCACUCUCCAAAUAGGCAUCUCCGAAAAGCUCUCGGCGUUUCUCCAGUCCACCUCUACUGUACUCUCUGCUUUUGUCAUUGCGCUCUGCUACAGCUGGCACCUGACGCUUGUCACCAGCAGCGGACUGCUGCUGAUUAUCAUUGUGUAUGCUGUGACGACCCCGUUCCUGGUGAAGCGCUUGAACGAGGUGCAGUAUGCAGAUAUCCAGGCGUCAACUACGGCAAACGAAAUCUUUGGGUCGGUGAGGAUGGUGGCCGCGUGUGGUGCUGAGAGGAAGAUGGCACGGCGGUAUGCCCGAUGGGUGGAUGAGUCCCGCCGCAGAGGGUUGAGGAUGGCCAAGUGGAUUGCGCUGCAGCAGGCUCCUGUUCAGUUUGCGGUUUACGGCACCUUCGCCCUCGCCUUCUGGUACUCCCUGCGGAUGCACAUGGGACUACAACUCAACAGCGCCGAGACGCUGAUCGUCGUCCUCAUGUCAGUCAUGUUAAUGACGACCUCGAUCGGGGGCAUCACCGCCCCUUUGUCAGCGGCAGCGCGCGCAGCCAGCGCCGCCACGGUGUUUUACACCAUCAUUGACGCCCCGAGGCCGGCCAAGACCGGACUGCUCACAGAACCCGAGGUGUCUGCCGCUGAGGACAUUGUCCUCGAGCACGUCAACUUUGCAUACCCGGCCAGACCCGACCUCAAGAUCCUUGACGACCUGUGCCUCCGGCUGCCUGCGGGAAAGGUCACGGCCAUUGUCGGCCCGUCGGGUUCCGGGAAGAGCACUAUUGUGGGACUGCUGGAGAGGUGGUAUGAGAUUGAGGCUUAUGAGAGUGGGGAUAUCAGCCUGUUCUGGCGCAACGGCUCCAUCACCGUCGGCGGGCGACCCCUGAGGGAGAUUGACCUGAAGUGGUGGCGACGACAGAUCGGCCUCGUCCAGCAGGAGCCGGCGCUCUUCAACAACACCAUCUAUGCCAACGUCGAGUUUGGCCUUGUCGGCACCGAGUGGGAGCAUGCUGAUGCUGAGGUCAAGGAGGACCUUGUCAAGCAGGCUUGCGUCGAGGCCUUUGCUGAUGAGUUCAUCAGCCGUCUGCCAGAGGGUUACAUGACCGUAGUCGGAGACGCGGGCAUCAAGCUCAGCGGCGGGCAGCGCCAGCGGCUGGCCAUUGCACGGAGCAUCGUCAAGCGGCCCAAGAUCCUGAUACUGGACGAGGCAACGAGCAGCAUUGAUGUCCGUGGUGAGCAGAUCGUCCAGGCAGCACUUGAAAAGGUCUCCAAGAACAGAACCACGCUGGUGAUUGCGCACCGCUUAGCCACCGUCAAGAAGGCAGACAACAUCGUUGUCCUCCGCAAAGGCAAGGUCAUUCAACAGGGCACCCAUGACAGCCUGAUGCAGCAGGAAGGAGGGCCGUACUGGACGCUUGCCACGGCUCAGCAGCUUCAUGUUGUGUCGUCCGAGGAGGAGGAUGAUGGUGAGUUGAAGUUGAAGCUAAAGGCUGUUGAAGGGGAGAUCACCGAGAAGAAAAGUACCACGACUAUUGGUACAUGUACGGACAGCACGCUGGUGGAGACGACAACAACACCCUCUGCUGCCUCCGAGGGUGGUUCGGCAAAAGAGCCAAAGACCAGGGGAUUCUGGAAGAGUUUUGGCUUGCUGCUCCGAGAACAAAGGCACCAGAAAGGGUGGUAUGCGGUGCUGCUGCUGAGUGCGUUGGGCGGCGGAGCCAGCCAGCCCAUCCAGGCGUAUCUAUUUGCUACCGAAAUUACGCUCUUCCAGUUCUGGGGCGACUUCCUUCCGGCUCUGGCAAACUUUUGGAGUCUGAUGUUCGUCAUGCUUGCCAUCUUCGUCGCGAUAAGCUACUUCGCGCUGGGGUGGUCUUCAUCAAGCCUUGCCUUUCACAUCACCCACUACUACCGCGGCGAGUACUUCCACAAUAUCCUGUCCAAAUCCGUAGCCUUCUUUGACGCCGACAACCACUCCGUCGGGGCGCUGACGGCGCAGCUGGCCACGGAUCCGAGCCAGCUGCAGGAGUUGCUGGGCACCAACAUGGCCUUUGUCGUCAUCUCGGUGCUCAACAUUGUUGGGUGCGUGGUGCUGGCCUUUUACUUUGGCUGGAAGCUCACCAUUGUGACGCUGUGCUCGUCCAUGCCCCUGAUCAUCGCGGCCGCGUUUUUCCGGAUCCGGUACGAAACACAGUUUGAGAAGAUGAACAACCAGGUCUUUGCCGAGAGCGCAAAGUUUGCCACAGAGGCCAUCGGUGCCUUCAGGACAGUGUCUGCCCUGACGCUUGAAGACGCCAUCACCAAGCGCUAUGAGACGCUCUUGCAGGAGCAUAUCAGGAUGGCGUUUGUAAAGUCCAGCUGGACAACUUUAAUUUUUGCCAUGGCCGAUAGUGUAGCCCUGCUGUGCACGGCGUUUGUGCUGUGGUACGGCGGAACGCUCAUGCUUAAUCUGGAGUACACGUCGUUCCAGUACAUGGUUGUCUACAUUGCCGUUUUGCAGGGGGGCCUUGGAGCCGGCCGAUGGCUGAGCUAUGCACCAAACAUUGCCCAAGCAUCGGUUGCCGCAAGCCGGAUCAUUGACAUGAGAGGCAAGGAUCAAGUAGACGGGAAGCUAAUCUCCUUAGACACGGGCAACAUCGGGGAUGACGAUAUGGGAGUCAAGAUCGAGUUUCAAGAUGUCUGGUUUAGAUACCCGACACGGGAUGUGCCCAUACUGAACGGGCUGAGUUUGACGAUCAACAAGGGGCAGUUUGCGGCGAUUGUAGGCCCAUCAGGGUCCGGGAAAACGACUGUUAUCUCCUUGCUCGAGAGGUCCGUCGGUAACACCGACACCCCUGAUCUAUUCUACACCGCCAACGCAGGCCACAUCCUCUACAACGGCCUGGACGUGUCCAAUCUCAGCAUCGACCACUACCGUCGCGAAAUCUCGCUCGUCUCGCAAGAGGCCAGCCUCUUCGACGGAACCCUGCGCGAGAACAUCCUGCUCGGCGUCGACGAGCCCACCACCACCACAGAGGCACAACUGCACCAGGCAUGCCGCGAUGCCGAGAUCCACGAUUUCAUCGCCUCCCUGCCUGAAGGGUACGACACACAAAUCGGCAGCCGGGGCGUGACCCUGUCGGGGGGACAGAAACAGCGGCUUGCCAUCGCCCGCGCCCUGAUCCGCAACCCGCGCCUGCUGCUCUUGGACGAGGCCACGUCUAACCUGGACGCCGAGACGGAACGGGCUGUGCAGGCUGUGUUUGAGAAGAAUAGGAGGAAUAGGACUAUGGUGGUUGUGGCGCACAGGCUGGCUACGGUGCAGAAUGCUGAUGUGAUCUUUGUGUUGGCUGAUGGGAGGGUGGUGGAAAAGGGGCGUCAUGCGGAGCUUUUGGGGAAAAAGGGGGUGUACUACCAGAUGUGCCAGUCACAAGCCCUGGAUAGGUAG